AUGGUCGUGGCUUGCGACAUACAGGAAGAGGAACAGGAUGGCGUCGAAGUGCUCGUGGAGGAGUCAGACGCCCUGUCGGAGACAACGAAGAAUUUCAGGGCAAAGUAUUGCGAGACAUCAAUUUUCGGUCCGUACGAUCAACAACAUUUCUCGAAAGGAAUGGAAGGAGGCAGCAAGUACUACAUGUACCCCAAUGACGGAGGAAGUCACGCGUAUUCGACCAGAGGGGGAGCCAGGGCAGACGGAGAAAGUCACGCACGUUUGACCGAAGGAGGAGCUAGGACAGACAGAGGAAACCACACGUAUUUGACUGGGGGAAGAGCUAGGACAGACAGAGGAAACCGCGCGUUUUCGACUGGAGAAGAAGCUAGAUCAGGCGGAGAAACCCACGCGUAUUCCACCGGGGGAGGGACUAGGGAAGACGAAGGAAACGUCGCAUAUUCGACGGGACGAGAGGCGAGGGAAGACGGGAGAAUCCGCGUGUAUUCGACCGGAGAAGGAGCUGGGGCGGGCGAAGGAAAUCACGUGCAUUCGAUUGAAGGAGGAGCGAGGGCAGACGGAGGGACUGACGUGGAUUCGACUGGAGGAGGGAGAGACGUGGGCUAUGUGUGCAGCAGCAGAGGACGGGGGGGGGGGGAUAACUGGUCAGGCCAUGGGUGUUUCAAUGCCAGCGACACAGGACCGCAAGAAUAUUCAACACGGGGGGGGGGGACAAGGAGAAGCUCGAGGAGCAAGGGUACCUUAAACGGAGGUCAUGGGUACGCCAACGAAGGGGGGAGCUACCGGUACUCGAACGGAGGAAGGGCGAGGGGAGGACGUCGGCGAAACCUUUCGUGGGCCGAUGAUGGCCGUCAGGGGAGGCGGCACACCACUGCCGCAGCCGCGGCCGCGACAGCAGCAAAGAUUCAUCGAGGUGACUGUCAGGAGAGAACGCCAGAAGGAAAGGAGGGAUCUACGCAAGCUGCUAGAGGCGGGAUUGAUGGAGGAGUUCCCGACUGUGCGCAGAAGGAUGGCGUGGGGCGUUCAAAGCAGGUGGAUCCAGCCCGUGAUGGGCUCUCGCCUGCUUUGACCGAGGGUCGACAACAGGCUCUGUGUGGUAGCGCCCGCCAGGAACCCACAGGAGACGUUGAAGCUUCCAUCCAGGCCGUGCUCGCUCGCCAAUGCACAAACGCAGCUGGCUUUCAAGAUCGUAUGUCGGAAGCGAUCGCUGCAGGCCGCGAGAGCCACCAACACGACAACAGCAACUUGGACUCUUCGGACGACGAAGAGGGAGGGGUUGGAUCUCUCUCACGGUUCUCGUUCCGGCGCAACCGGCAGGCGGUAGCCCCUUCGUCUUCCUUCUCGUCGGCCGUAAGGACUUCACGCCCCAAGACGGCUCUCCAAGUGAUGGAACACAAGUGCGCCUGCAGCACCACCGAAGACAGCAACCGCCGAACGAGGUCGACUUCGGGCCGUUUUCGAGAUCUGGGUGGCGUUACGGCAGGCAGUACUCCUGGCGUUCCCACCGGUGCGAAUGGGGCGUGGAGCAACCCUAGGGCCCACGCUACCGGCGGGACCUAUAUUCUCCGGCCCGACAUACCGGCACCAGCCAGCCAAUCGGCGACCCCGUACAUGGAGCCUUCACCGACGAACCUCACGAACCCCGUGAAGGUAGUAAUCUCUCACCCCCCUCCCACCCCACUCUCCCCUCCCCGCCUGCUUUUCGUCCUUUCCCAGCUCGUGAGACCUCCUUCCCUCCAGAGGGCUCCGUAUCUCAGCCUGGAUGGUGCCGACGAGCCCGUGGGAGACUUAGCGUUCGAUCUCAGCUUCGACUUCCCCUUCGCCUACGGCGACGGCAUUUCCGACGGCACCGGUAGCGCUGCUACUGCCGCGACCGCGGACAUGAGGGGCGCUCCAGGCCUGUCUGUCUGGAACGACUACGGCCUCCGCCUCUCGGGUGGCGAUUACUCGGCUGUAGGUCGCGGCGGCGGCGGCGGAGGCGCCAAAGCCAGCAACAUCGCUCUGGCCAGCCACGAGGACGACACCUACGGGAUUCUUGACGAUGAAGAUGACGAGGCGGCGCUAGCGUUGGCCGCUGACCGUCUUUUGGGAUACGACGACCGCACGACUCAUCCUGCCGGCCCUAGCGCCGCCGCUAGCACCGGACCUGGCCCCGGCCCAGGCUCCGCUCCUGGCCCCAGUCAUGGCCCUUUCCGAAGUAGCCUCCCGCCACCCCCCGGAUUCAGCCACUCGGUGACGACGCACACUCGCCAACCGUGGUUCGGUGCCGUGACUUCAGCUACUACUGGGGGUGGUCGUGCUGCCGGAUGCACUUUUUUCGGCGAGUCUUCCAUGAAUCCCGCGGUCCGGAGCCACUACCGGCGCCGCUCGAACUCUAGGCUCCGCUUCUGCAGCCCAGAUGAAGGAACGGGAGACGGUCCCGUUUCCCGCGACGGCGGGGAUGUAACUCCUUCAGGGCUACUCGCAGCGGUUGAUCGGCACGCGACGGAGAGUUUCCCUGCCGACGGGGUGGAGAUUGGACAGGUGGGAGCGGUAACGAAGGCAGAAACGGUGGCGGCGGCGGUGGAGGGGGGCAAAGGUAUGACCAGUGGUGAGUCAAGGAACGGCGGCAGCAGUAUCUACGACCCGAACCAAAGGAAUAUCGCGCCUCGACCUGCGCCGCAUCCAGCGUUUCGGACGACCGAGAACUCUAGACUCUUCGACUACACCAGAACGUCGAUGGUCGAUCAGGAAUACCGGGCUGGUGACGGUGGCAACAACCCAGGUAUUUCCCACGAGGUAGCUUCGCCGAGGGAGGGCAAUGACACCAGUCCCGCAAAAGACGACCUAGCCGAUUGCCCGGUACUUUCUGGCGACGGUGGAAGUGUGUGUGGCGAUGAAGCUCGCGGUCGUGGUGGUGGCGGUAGCGGUGGCGGAGGCAGAGGCGGAGGAAUAGUGCAAGAACUGUUGGGAUCUGGUGAUAGCGGUGGCGGCAUCGGCCGCGUGGACCCGGUUGCACGGGGGCAGCGGAAGUUUGGGGCUUCAUCUCGCCAGAGCACUUUUUCUUUCAAGUUCCCAUGUCCAAGAUCCUAUGGCUCCACUCGUAUGCUGACCAAUCAGAACGCCGGCCGCAACCAGAUCUAUCCCCCGGCAGCGGCGUACUCUCCCUUUGUGUCCAACGGGGAGGGUGAGGAAAGUGCUGCUGGGUUGGCCGGGGGUGAGAUGGGAGGGGUCGCACCAGCCGAGAGUGUCCGCAACAUUCAAGCGAGCGACGACAACGACGACAGCGACGACAAUGACGACAGCGACGACAGCGACGACAGCGACGGCAGCGAUGACCGCCACAGAGCCGAUGCGGUGGCGGCAGGAGCACUGCACCGAGGGAAGGGUAUCAGCAUCGCUCCGAGCAUACCAGCGAGAUCCGCAUUCAUUUCUCAACCUGGGGAUGGUGUCGCGGGUACUGCCCGUGCGGCGGAGGGAAGUGCGGUCGGGGUCGGGGGCGGCCGAAGGAUGCUCCACGAUGCGCUAUUACGGGGGUCUACUUCGAGUGGGUUGCUCGACGUCGGCGGUGUCGUCGUUGCGGGGGAAGACGGCCAGCGAAUUGUAGGCGGAUCGGGUCUCGCCAUUGGAGGAAACCAGGGGGGCUCGGCGGAUGGGCUCGGGAUCCCUGCCGCGGUUGAUGGUGAUGUGCGUGCCGGUGGUGGUGUAGACGGUGGCGGUGGUGUUGCUGUUGGCGGUGAGGACCGUAAUGAAGAUGGUGGUGGUGCUGCUGAAGCGAUGCCAACGACACCACUUGCCCCUUCCUCCAAGUCGUGGUUCGGUGGCGCUGCUGCCUCUUGUGCUAUGGGGUUGCUGCGGCGGUGGGUGCAGCGAACGGCGGUGGCUGUCGCGACCACAACAUCGACGUCAGAACCCACGCCACCAGAGUCAUCAUAUUCGCCCGCGGCCUUCACUGCAGGCGGGAAACCAUCUUUGGCAGCAAUUUCGGGGGGGACUCGCCUCGGCGCGGGGUGGAGGAGGCACCCAGGAUUCAUUCCUUACAGGGAGGACGUCAGCUGCAGCAUCGAGGAAUGGGGGGUGAGGGGAGGGUAUCGAACUUCUCACUAUGGGCUCGGUUGUCCGCUGUAA